GCUUCUCCAUCUCACCUCUUUCACCGCUUAUAAAUACCUCCCACCGAACAAUUCUCUUUCCCACCCCAAAAAUUCACACAACAACAACAACUCAAAACUCGAUUCAUUUCCAUUAAUGGAGGAAGAGAGAGAAUCAAAAAUUGCAGGAAAAAGAGAAGAAGAUAGAGAAAAUGAAGGAGGAGAAAUCUUCUGUGGCAUAGAUUUUUACGUCUUACCAGAAGGAUGCAUCGCAGCCGUUACUUCUUUCACUAGUCCUCGUGAUGCGUGUCGUUUCGCUUCCAUUUCUAAAAUCUUCAAAUCUGCUGCUGAUUCUGAUGCUGUUUGGGAACAUUUUCUGCCGUCUGAUUAUCGUGAAAUUAUCGUGAAAUCAGACGGUGCUCAGUCUCUCUUGGAUUCUCUCUCCUCUAAGCACCUCUUCAUGCAUCUUGCUGAUACUCCUCUCCUCAUUGAUGAUGGUGCUAUGAGCUUUUCACUGGAGAAAUCGACGGGGAAGAAGUGCUUCACUAUUGCUGCUAGGAAUCUGGCGAUUACGUGGGGUGAUACACCUAAAUAUUGGGCAUGGCAUUCUGUGCCCGAGUCGAGGUUUUCUGAAGUAGCAGAGCUUGUUGCUGUUUGCUGGCUUGAAAUCAAAGGGAAAAUAAAAACCUCCCUGCUAUCUCCAAACACAGAUUAUGCUGUGUAUCUCGUCUUCAAGAUGACUGAAGGAACCUACGGGUUUUAUUCACCUGUAGAAGGUGUAGUUAAAACUGCUGGAGGCAAAGUCGAAACCAGAAAUGUGUAUUUGGAGUCCCGGGACAUGUACCAAAUCGUUCCCAGGCGUGUUGGUAUUUUCAACCAGUUGAGGGGACGAGUGCAACCGGCUGAGAGACAAGACGGUGAAAAGCUCCCAAAGCAAAGAGCGGAUGGGUGGCAGGAAGUCAAAAUUGGCGAAUUCUCGACUUGGAUGGAUGUAACAGAUGGAGAAGUGGAGAUGUCAGUAUUGGAGGUGAAGGCUGGGAAUUGGAAAGGCGGUUUACGUGUUGAAGGGAUUGAGAUUAGACCAAAAAUGGUUAAGAAAUGAGAGGAUAAUCAAUGGAUGUUGUUUGCUUUAAUCUCAGGUAAUAUUUUAUCCCGAUCGAAAUUGCUUGAUGAGAAGAUUUAUAUCUGUGUGAUCUAUUGUUCUCGAGCAACUGAACCCUCUCUUUUAUGUGCGUCAGAUUUAUUAUGAUCAGUGUAAUUUUUUUUUUCUUCUGGAAGAGUUGUAAAGUUGUUUAUUGUAGAGAUGGGAGAGUUGUUAGCCAUGGUGCAAAUAAAAUCUCCGCAGCAGAUUCUGCUCUUUUCACUUGUCUGACAAUGUGACUUUACGAGCUUUGUGGAAUGCAGUAGAAUUUUGUGUA